AUGGCCAAGGCUCAAAUCGUAAACAUUGUCGUUCUCGACAAUCCAUCUCUCUUUUUCAAUCCAUUUCAGUUUGAGAUUACGUUUGAAUGCAUUGAAGAUCUGAAGGAUGAUCUCGAGUGGCGCAUCAUCUACGUCGGCUCGGCGGAAAGUGAAGAGUACGAUCAGGUGCUAGACACCGUCUUUGUCGGCCCGGUCCCUGAAGGGCGACACAUGUUUGUCUUUCAGGCGAACAGCCCUGAUCCGGCAAAGAUACCAGUCGCCGAUGCUGUUGGUGUCACCGUCGUCUUGCUAACCUGCUCCUACCGCAGCAAGGAGUUCGUUCGAGUGGGCUACUACGUGAACAAUGAGUACACUGAUCCGGAGCUACGCGAGAACCCGCCUUCUGUGCCGCAAUUUGAUAAGCUUCAGCGAAACAUUCUCGCCACUGAUCCUCGUAUCACCAAGUUCAAAAUCGAUUGGGGCGAUGACGAAGAGGAGACAGCUGUUGCCAUCAACGGAAAUGGAGAGACACUGAAUGGCAUCUCAAACGGUGAAGACAAGCAGGACAGCAGCUUCGAGCAGAACGGCGGUCUGGCUUCGUUGGCAAUGGAAACCUCCAACUCGUUCAUCUCCGAUGAUAGUAUUGGCCCGCUGAACCCAGUCCAGCAAGAAAUGAUCAUGUAA